AUGUCAACCUUCCAAAAUUUGAAGAAUAGAGGACACGACAUCACCAACAACAAUAGCUUCCAUCACAAUUUGUGGUUUCUUUCGGACUCCACCGUUACAACAUUGCACCACAACACCAGCCCUGAGCCACCACCACACUGCCUUCGCAACAGCCCAGAACCACCACUACACCCCCACAGAUUUAAAAGUCUUGGUUGUCGUGGAUAUUGUCGAUGUUUCCUCUUCUACUAUCAACUCUCUCAGUUGUCGCUGUUGGUAUUGGUGGUGCGACGGCGUGGGUUGCCAGUGGCGGUGACUGGAGGCGUUGUGGUCUUCAGGUCUCGCAAAUCGAUUGCGUCAUCGCAGUUCAGUUUUACCGCUAUCAGUUCCGAUCAAUUUAGUCUACGUAACGUCGCUCACCACCAUGGUCCAAGCCACCGUCGCUCUCCAUCACCGAUUGUCUCUACAGGUAUCUUUAUUUGCUCUUAUUUUCAACAUAUAGGAGAUGGUCGUCUAAUCAAACGUCGAAUAAGAGAUGGAAAAGGUGAAUUUCCUAUGGAUUGCCCUCUUCAAGACAGUAGACUACGUGUCCAUUACAAGGGCAUGCUUCUUGUUGAGAAAAAGAUAGUUUUCUAUGAUACAGAAGUUGAUAAUGAUGGAGAACCUUUGGAGUUUUCCUCAGGGGAAGGGCUUGUACCUGAAGGUUUUGAGAUGUGUGUUCGACUAUGUUGCCUGAAGAGGUAUCACAUGUCACCUGCCCCCCUGAUUAUGCUUAUGACAAGUUCACAAGGCCAGAUAAUGUUCCUGAAGGUGCUUAUGUUGAAUGGGUGAUUGAGCUUCUUGGUUUUGAAAUGCAAAAGGUUAUGUGAAAAUGUUGAAGUCAUAGGUUUGAAGAGCUCGUUCUACUAUCCCAGACAGAUGGCAUGACAUAUCAGAAAAAGAGCGAGUCUUGUGUAUAAAAGGAGGGGCCAAUACUACUCUGAUCAGGCUUUUCGUAUACCCUUAGGAGCUGUUGGAUAUUACAUUGUUUCCAAAUUUACCCCUAUGAAUACAGAUGGUGAAUCUGGUGAACCAACGUACAUUAUAUGAGAUCGAUCAGUUGAAACCACCAUAGGGAUGGACAGGUGGCGUUGGGUUUGUAUGAAAAAAAAUGAUCCAAGACCAUUUACCUGCACCUUCAUCUGAUAUCAAGUGAACAAGGCGAUAGCUGCUCAUCUUGAAGCUUUGGGAUAUGAAUCAGAUAUGCUAUUCCAAUUUUAAAUUCAAAACCUCCUAUUCAGAAUUUGAGAUUUGAGAUUCUGUUUGUUGUAUUUGGGAUUUUGUUAGCCAGAAGUGUGAUGUUAGUUAUGUGAUGAAUUGAAACUAAUCUUAUUUGUAAGUAAGUUUAUUUAUUUGUUUUGGACUUGAGCUUAAAAUAUUCUAAAUUACAUUUUACAGGUGUACGCAUGUUUCCAGCUGGAAGCGGUAUGGGUGUUAUGUGUGGGAUGACUAGAGGCAUCAAGAUGGCAAGACCCCCCUCUUCCUCCAUCAUGAAUUCCACCACUGGUUUGUUGACUUCCAGUACACCAACACCAACACCUGCUCAAGGAAACUCCAUGUUGAGAUAAUGUGAGGCUAUGCAUAUGAUUCGGGUGAGUUUCAGUUUAUGUUAUCUUUCACUUUAUGUAAUAAUCAUGUAUAGGGAGAAAACAACUUCUAUUGAUUUGUUUUAUCUUUCCAUGGAUCGAUUAUUUGUAUGAUAUUAAAUUUUAUGCAAUGUAU